AUGCUCCAACCCAAUAGCCAGGGCCAUGGGAGCUACUUCGAGGCGUUCAAGCGUCGAAGCAAUGUGACCCUCGACGCUGCGCAGAGAGACAAAAUGCUCACCGAUCGAGGUGCUUAUCUCAACUUUCUCGAGAUUCAGCUUGAGAGAGUGUCGGCGGCAUGCAUCACGAGCCAACACUUCGGUUGUAGAAUCGACGCUGCCACUGCCAAGGCCACCGCCGCGGAAGACAAGGUAAUGAGCGCCACCAAGCUUGUCCGCCUGGCGCAGACGUACAGCGAAGAGCAGGGAAGGGAGCAAGGGAGGAUCAAUGACGUCAUGGAAAUACGGCUCGAGAGCCUGGAGCAACAGAUCGACGCCGUAAGCGCCGCCGUCGACGACGCUGCUAUGGCACAAUCCUACAAUUUAGAUGUCGGUACCUGUAUGGGUGAUGAUGGUAUUCCCUCCGCCAGACACCCCCCCGUCUAUCCGCCGGAUCUUCAUGAAAUCAACACGGCCGGUCUCUCAGAGUGGAUGACAGGAGUAGAUAAGCAACUAGAAGAUCUGCGGAAUCUCGUCUCCGCCCAGAUUACAACAGGCAGUGGCAGCGGCAGCGGCGGAGGAGGGGGCGACGGUGGGUCGAAGGCUACUACAGCAGUUGGUAACUCGCCGCAGUCGGAGAAUGACGCGGCGGAGGCAACAGCAGUCCCAGAGACCAAAACGGAAGCGGUAGCGACCGCAAGGGAUGAGUGCGCUAGGAUCGAAGAACGUGUGCGUCGCCUUGAAGAGGCUAUAGGAGAGACGAGCGCGGGCGCGGGACACAGCGGCGGAGACUCCUCGCUGCUGUCGCCGGCUACAACAGUAGUCGACCAACGCGACCGCGGCCGUCGUCUAGAGCGCUGCGCCGAGCUUGCCCGCGAAGGGCUUACCCGCAGUCGCAGUGCAAGCCGCAGUCCGGUCCGUCGCAGCCCGUCCGCACCACCACCGUCGACGGAGAUCGCGGCGGCGCCUCUUGCCAGCGAUGCUGGCACUCUAACCGUGGAAGCCGACAACGAUGCCUUGCUGGGAGCUGUGGAAGACGGUACGGCUGUUGCGCGGAGGGCCAGCGAGGUGGCGGAAGAGGCACUCAAAGCUGGGAGAGAGGCGAUCGAGCGGUCCGAGAGGACUGAGAGCCUGGCGAAGACCAUCGCCGUGAGAUCGUUCAAGCUCGCAAAGGAGCGGCACAAGGAAGUCACCACUGUCCUCGAUCGUUUGGGUGAAGAUAUUCGCAGAAAGGGUGACGGCACCGUUCGUCGCCGUCCGAGGUCGGCGGGGGAAUCUCGGGGAGACGGCGUCGACUCCGCGAGACCGGCAGGCACGAGCGGGACGACGCUGUCCGCUGGUGCGGCUGGGGGCCGCCGAGGACGCUGCAGGCGCGCCGUUUCCGCCACCCCGAAAGAGCGUCAUCGUUCGGCGAAGGCGCGUAGGGGGGACGCUCGCGGGUUCGGCCGGCAAGCGCUGCACGAUGUCGAGGGGGCUACGGAGCAGCUAGCUGCUGCCCAAGACCCCGGCGGCGGUGACACCGGCACCCAUCGCUCCGUGCGCGAGAUACGGGAAAUCCUUGAGAACUCCGCGUUCGCAGACAGCGACAACGGGAGGAGAAUAGCUCUGGGCGCCGCUCGCACGGCGCUCGAGUCGAUCCUGAGGGAGGCCUCCCCGGGACGGCCGCCGGACUGUGGGACGGGGCGGCGGCCGCGCGCGGCGCAGGCAAGGCCGAGGGCUGUCCUCGCUGGUGGGGACGGAGGAAACGAAGGUCGGAGAGCCGAUGAGCUGCGAGAAGCGAUACGGGGGGCCGUGACCAUCCUCUCUGGUAUCGGCGGUGGCGGGUAA